AUAUAAGCGAAGCCUUGCAGACGUUUAUGUCGUCUAGCAUUGUCGCUUGCGAUGCAACAACAAAUUUGCGCGUGGAGAAGUUUUGCACCAAAAAGGCAAGCACGAUAGACGAGCUACUGUCCGUUCUUAUCAGCUUGUCGACGGUGCAAGGCGAACCCCGAGACAACAUGUUGACCAUGGGGUACAAGCGCGGCACAUACGUCCGACCUGUAGGUGACCAUCCAUUCUACCAAAAUAGCAUGGCUGUCUUCGUUCAGUCGGCUAUUUUUGAAGCGUUACACGAGCUCAUUGGAAGCGAUCUGAUGCUCCACUUGAUGAAGAAUUUAAGCUUAUUCAUCAAGGAAGGCUCGUGCUUCAUGCAGGUCACAGGGAAACCGAUCAACGAAGUUCUAAAAGAUGUGAAGAAACCUUCCAUAGAUGGGAAAGAGUUGGUGAGCCGCAAAAUAACUGGUGUUGUUGGUCAUGAUAAACGUUGGUGUUUUCCAGUGGACCAUGUUAUGGAGAAGUCGCCAUGUAGCACCAUUGGGGCCCGUGCUUUGAUGAAGGAGAUAUUCACCAGUGACCAAACAUCAAAAUACCUUGAAGAGUCUGUUGAAGAUUUUGUGUUGUUCCUGCGAAGACACAAGUCCUGCCCAUUUAAGAAGCUGUUAGUUAACAUUUGCCCAGAAUCCAAGAGCCUCGAAAGUGUUCCAUUCCAUCAGUUGAAACUCUUCACUCGUGCUGUGUUGAAACGGGCUGUACCGAUGAAGCUGUGGGGCUGUCGAAAAAACCUGAGCGCCUUUGAUUCCAGCGUCGAGCGAUAUUUGUCCUUGCGAAAAGGUGAAAACAUGUCUGUUCAUAACGUGAUGAAUGGAAUUCGUGUCAGCGAAUGCGGCUUUGUCAAGCUGCCCGCCCGUAAAACUGGUCACCGCAUCCCACAGUCAUUGUCCCUCAAACGCGAGGAUUUGGUAAGGAAAUUCUUCGUGUGGUUAAUGAACUGCUAUGUCGUGCCCUUGUUGAGAAAUUGCUUCACGAUCACCGAGUCUGUGCCUACGCGUAAUCGCCUUCUCUAUUACCGAAGAGGCGAUUGGGACAACGCCCAAACUAGCGCUGUUCAGGAGUUGAGAAAAACUAUGCUGCUACCUCUGCCCCAGACUGAGGCUGAAAAGCGUGUCGCAUCGAGAAGGAGCCUCAAGGCGCCUUUGCGUUUUAUUCCUAAGGCAAGUGGUGUACGCCCUGUGAUGAACAUGACAGCGAAGGUGAAUCCUCCUGAAGGAUAUCCUCACGAGGAGCGUUCAGUAAACGAGAUGCUGACUUUCGUCGAUAGUGUGCUCACGUACGAAUGUCGACGAUGCCCGGAACUGUUGGGCGGCUGCGUGAUGGAUUAUGGCGAGAUCUUCAGGAAGCUCUCAGCAUUCAAGGAAUCACAUCGUUCCGAGCAAAGACCAUUGAUUGUCGUACGCUUGGAUUUCUCCAAGUGCUAUGAUAGGUUUGACCAGAAGAAAAUGAUGGAGAUCCUCAAGGAGGUUAUCAAGGAAGAUGAAUACAACAUCCGCAAGUUCAUUGAAAUGAAAACGAAUCUGAACAACAACAUCGUCUAUAAGCACAAGAAGCCAGCCGCUCCAAUAGAAGAUAACAGAUCUUUCCCAGUCUUUCUUAAGGAAAAUAUAUCCGAUGAGAAAAUGAAGAACACUGUGGCCGUCGACAAAAUGUUCUAUAACAGCGUCCCCCGCGCUAAAAUAAUUGAAGAUCUUUGGAAACACAUCAGGGGGAAUGUUGUACAACUGUCAAGUUCCCAAUAUUUUCUGCAGAAAUGUGGUAUAGCGCAGGGUUCAAAGAUUGCGCCCACUUUGUGUCAUCUUUACUUGGGUCAUAUGGAGCGCACAAAAGUCCCGGAUGUCUUCUCGGACCCGGACACUCUUCUGAUGCGCUGGAUCGACGACCCUCUCCUGUUGACGUACGACCAGCAGUUAGCGAAGCGCUACCUCACGGCGAUGCUCGAGGAGGAUCCGAUCUACAAGUGCAAGAUCAACGUAGAAAAAUGUCUUGUAAAUUUUGACGCGGUCACGUCGACUGGUGAGCCAAUCAAGAAACUAUCUGAUGAAGAAACAUCGAUACCAUGGUGUAGUCUCUUUAUAAACAUCGCUACUUUUGAUGUGCGAUUCGAUUACUCUCGCUGUGAAAGUUUCGAAGACAUAAAAAACAGUUUAAAAUAUGACACGUCCAGGAAGCCAGGAGAAAACAUGUUCAAGUGUUUGAAGUUUGCCUUACAAACGAAACUUCACCAAUUAUUCCUUGAUCCUAAAAUCAAUUGCGUACGAACAAUUGAAACGAAUGUCCGUGAAUGCUUCACAUAUUUUAUUAGAAGAAUGGAUGCAAUGGUGUCGGAAUUACCACCAGCGACUCAGGCCCAUCGUAACCCGGAGUUUUUCCUGAGAAGCAUGGAUGAGAUUUUUGAGACAUAUUACCAGCUGGCGAGCAGAUUCUUACCCCACGACAUUACUCGAGAGAAAGUGCAUUCCUUGUUCUAUCAAGCUGUCCUGGAAUUCAUCAAACGGAAGACUGUGAGGUUUCUCUUGCUCUUGUUCAUCAUAGCGACGGUAGUAUUGAGGGAAGAAUCCGAAUGUGCUUCCAGAGGCGCUAGAGAGAAUUCGUGACGUGACGCUCGUGGGAUUUUGACUGCUGCAGUGAACACGUGUUGUGUUGGAACCUUGUCUGCUAUACUACUUCAUGAGGCGCUUGAAUCUUGAUUUUUACUCGAUUCUUCUGAACUACUUUCAUCACAAACCUUACUAGACGAACUACUUUCCGCACUUUUAUAUUGAUUACCACGAAACCUGCGUUUUUCCCUGCAUUUCUAAAAAAAUUUCGCUUUGGAGGCAUUUCCGCGGGUCACAACUUUCCUUGGAAAAUAUUAGUAUUGGCUUGGUAACCUAGCAUUCAGAAGUGGCUAGAUACCAGUCUCUCGAAAAUGACACUCAACUUCAAAUUUGAAUAAACAACAAGCUCAAAUUGAUCAUUCUUUUGAAUAAAAACAAUAUCCGUUUCCAUGGCAACUCGAAAAUAGCACCAUAUACUAUAAAAUCUCUAAAA